AUGUCUGUCCUUGAGGUCGGAGAUAACUUCCCAGGCAAUGUGUCCUUUGGCUACAUUCCCUUGACUCCCGAGAGCGAGGAGAUCACCAGCUGCGGCAUCCCCACCAAGUACGAUGCUAGCGAAACCUUCAAGAACAAGAAGGUCGUCCUCGUCGCCGUCCCUGGCGCUUUCACACCCACAUGCCAGGCCAACCACCUGCCCGGCUUUAUCCAGAACAUCGAGGCCCUCAAGGCCAAGGGUGUUGAGCAGGUCGUUGUGAUUGCCUCCAACGACCCCUUCGUCAUGUCUGCCUGGGGCAAGGCCAACUACACCAAGGACGACUUCAUCAUCUUCGCCUCGGAUUCCGAGCUUGCCUUCAGCAAGGCUAUUGGCUGGACCAUGGGCGACCGAACUGCCCGGUAUGCCAUCGCCAUCGACCACGGCAAGGUGGUUUACGCUGCCAAGGAGACUGAGCGCGGCGUCGAUGUCUCUGGUGCCGACGCUGUUCUGGCCAAGUUGUAA